ACGCCAUUUCUUCAUAUAAUUAGAGCUUUGUUGUUAUUCGUGUACCCCUACCUUUCCUCCCCCUUGUAGUUAAAUUCUUCUAACUUGAAGCUCCCUCCCUCUUGUAGUUAAAUUCAUUUGAUAUGAGUAAUCGGAGCAAUACUUUCCUCAUGAAAAUGCUCUCUUCUUUUCUGAUGGUUCUUACCAUCCCUUGUUUUGAACAUCCGAGUUGAAACGUGUAUUCAUUCUCUUUGAAGAUCGGGAGGUACUUCUAUUCUGGGUGAGAUGAGAUCUCCAGCAACCAAGUUGGUUCUUCGUUUACUUCUCUUCAAGUUAUUUUAGUCAUAUGUGUUGUGGUUUAUGUGAAAGAAAGAUUUUAGUUGGCUGGGCUUCUUUUCUAACUUCGUUACAGCCCAGUUUGGGAUUUUGGUGCGUCUAUUUCAUUUCAAUUCAGUCAUUUUCUUGUUUCUAAACAUAAAAGCAAUUUUUACUGGGCUCUCACUGGAUUGCAGCCCAGUAAACCGAAUGAGAGUAUUAUGAGACCAUUUGUAUUCAAGUUACCGGGCUCGCUUGUUAAAUGUGUUGUAGCCCAGUAAUUGUUAUUCGGAUUUACUCGCUAAAAUCCUAAUAGUUGAAACUAGCGGCAUAUUUAGUAUUUACAGUGAUUACCCAAAAAAAAAAAAAUAUAUUUAGUAUUUACAGUCGUCCUCUCCAGACUCCAAUUUUCCGUAAGCAGGAGAACAACCUCUGCUCUCUGUUUUCAUUCCGAUUUCCACUGUUCGUAAGUUCUCGCUCUGUUUUAAUCCAUGGCUUCUCUGUCUAGCGCAGUGUGCGUGCAGAAUUAGUGUUCUUUUUGUCGACGAAUUUAGUUUUCUACCUAUGAUUCCUCGUCUCCAAAUACUAGUUCUGCGGUUGCUUCUUCCGAUUUUAUUUACGGCAUUAUUAGUGUUCUUUUUGUCCACGAAUUCAGCAUUCUUCCUAUGGUUCUUCGUCUUUAAAAAUGCUAGAUCUGCCUCUCAUGUGAUUAGUCUGCCUUUAGACGUAUUACGUAUAGAGAUGAUUGAACCGGUCGUUCUGUUUUGCGACAUUAAAAUAUUAGCGCGUUUCCCUGAUUCUGCAUCUCUAAUUCCUAGAUCGAGAUUUUUUCUUUUCUUUUCUUUUCUUGUCGUUUCAUUGUAUUGCGAUGAUUGUGGUGGUCGUUGUCCUGUUUUUUGCUGAUCUGGUUUUGUUCUUGCUUUUAAUUGAAGUUCCAUUUUUUAUUGGUUUCAGGAUCGUUUGUCUUUCUUAAGAGUUGGCGUUUUUCAUCUGAUGGCAUCUGCACAAUUCAGUGUUGUUCCAACAUCAGCUGCGCUUAAAACUGCGCUCAGUGAAGAGUUGGUUUCAGUAGCUAACGUGAUCCACCAGUUUCCUGAGAUGCCUGAUAUCCUUGGCCGGGCACUCCAAUUCCAUCAGCUUCUUGUAGCCAAGAAGCUUAGUCUUGUUGAUGAAAGUGUAGUGCCCAAUGAGGUUAACCUAUCCCUUGCUAAUCUCUCUGUUUUGGAUGAUCACCUUCAAGUCCUUGUUCCAGGAGCUAAUGUUCAAGGUGCAGAUAUUCUUAAUGCUGUCAUAUCCGAGUGCACACUGUGUGAUGAGUAUCUAGCACAUGUUAUCCCCCGCGGCAUUUCCUACCGUGCUGUGACUGGUUAUACCGCUUGUUUGUAUCGGAAGCUUGUUGAAUUGAAGUUUGGUGGGAAUGCUAAUCCCCAGGCCAAUAUUCCUAUUGAGCCAGCUCCUACUGGAGUUCUACCUGUGCAGCAGCAGCAGCAGCAGGUGCCUCCAAUGAAUGCUCCUGUUAAUGCUGAAUCUGAAGUAUCUGCCUUUGAUAUAGCAGUCAAUACUUAACCAAGAGAAUCGUGGAGGGAUUAACGACAGUACCAAGGUUAUUGUUGAUAUUGAGGUUGAUUUGCUACUUCUGGUAUUUUAUUGGAGUAGAAUUGUAGAAUUAUGUUUAGUACUUCGUUUGGCUUUGUUAGUCAUUUACUAUUGAAAUUGCUAGCUUUGGUAUUCUGUUGAGUGUAAUUGUUUGGUGCUUGGGAUUUGUUAGUCGUUUUCAGAUUUACUGCUGAGAUUUGUUAGUUGAAUUGCUACUUAGUAUUCCUGUUAAGCAAUGUUGUCGGAACCGAACCGGUGUAUGAAUCGGCGGUAAAGUACGUGCGGCUCGCAUUUUAGUGGUUUUAAUCGGUACUAACCUGUUGGUUAAUAACAUUUUGUACCCUUC